UUCUACCUUCUCUAGCUAUAUAUAUCUCUCUCUCCAAGCCCUAUGUCUGAUCUCGUGAUUGCUUGUUUCCUUCUCUUGCUCUCGAAUCUCGAUCAUCUUCUUCGUUCGAUUAAUUGAUCGAAGCAGUUGAAGAGGUUGAGGAUAUCUGAUAUCGAUCAGCUGUAGCGAAUUAAUCGGCUAUAGCUAGCUAGGGAGCUUUGAUCUACAGCUGUGGAUCUCCGACUAGCUCUCAGUGAUUUGUUCGAUCAAUCGGUCCUGGAUUCCUAGUUUGUUGUGGUUAGUUUACAAUUUACAGAUAGUGUGAUCGAUUGAUUCUAAUCGAUAUACAAGAUGUGCAACAGUACAAGAGGUCACUGGAGGCCAGCUGAAGACGAGAAGCUUAGGGAGUUGGUGGAACGAUAUGGACCUCAUAACUGGAACGCAAUUGCAGAAAAGCUCCAAGGAAGAUCAGGAAAGAGCUGUAGGUUAAGGUGGUUCAAUCAGUUAGACCCCAGAAUCAACAGAAACCCUUUUAGCGAAGAGGAAGAAGAGCGGCUCCUAGCUUCUCAUCGCAUCCAUGGAAAUAGAUGGGCUGUUAUUGCAAGGCUUUUUCCCGGACGCACCGACAAUGCAGUCAAGAACCAUUGGCAUGUCAUUAUGGCUCGCAGAGGAAGAGAGAGGUCCAGGCUUCACCAUCAUCUUCAUGCAAAAAGGAUGAAUAGGACUACUACUAAUGCUACUCCUCCUCAUCAAGUCAUCAAUCAUAAUGAAAUACCAAAAACCUCUUCAAAUUAUAAACAAGACUUGCAGAUGAUCCUCAGUUGUCGACACGAGACGAUGAAUGACAGUUCUUAUAUUGGAAAUUACUGCAGUGCUACUGAAAGAAAAUUUCAUUAUCAUCCUGCUGCAUUUACUCAUAAUACUACUCUAGCUCCUGUAAUUCCAAACAAAUAUCAUCAGUUUUAUCCCAAUACCAUGCACCAAGAUAAAAAUCAUGAGUCAGUUGAGUUUUAUGAUUUUCUCCAAGUGAACACUGAGUCUAACAGAAGUGAAGUGAUAGACAUCAAUACAAGAAAGGAUGAAGAGGAGGUUGAUCAGCUGGAAGCUAUCAGACAGCAGGAACAUACCAAGGCAGCCGGUGCUCCUUUCAUAGAUUUCUUCUCUGGUGGAAGUGUUACUAGCUAAAAGUAAUAUUGGCACGUAUAUACGUACCUCUGGAUCUUGAUCAUGAUGAAGAUGAUGAUCAACGAUAUCUCCAUCGAUCAGUACGUGUAAAACUGUCACUUACAUAAAUUAAGCCUAACUAUGUGUAAUUACUUCCAUCAUACUAGAUGUAUGUACGUAAAUGAUCAUUGCCUCGAUGCACAGAAAUCAUAUUUAAGGAGAGAUCUGUAGCAUCUAAGGUAUGCAUGCUUGGGGAAGUUAAUCAGUUACUAGCAAGGAAUGGAGAAACUGUGUUAAUGUUGAAAACUUGAUCAAUACUGAGAGAUCGAGCUGUUUUCUGUAAAUUAUAUGGAAAAACUGAUAGUUUAGUACUC